CUGGAGCGCUUCACCAGCAUGCGGACGAAGAAGGAGAAGGAGAAGUCGGGCACGAUGGGAAUCAGACACUCGUCAGCCGCCCAGUAUGAAGUGCCGUCCCAGAGCGCCUCGCUGAACGAGCUGUCAGACGAGUCUGUGCUGGAGCUUCAUGAGCGAGUUCUGGAGUGCAUCACUGAGCAGGCUGAGGAGCAGGAGAUCGAGAGGUUCCAGCCGCUGCUGUCCGGCAUGCAUAAAAACUCCAUCACGCUCAAGGCUGGCUGUAUGCAGCUGAUCAACGCUCUCAUCAGUCGAGUGGAGGAGCUGGACUUCAGGAUCCACCUGAGAUCAGAGCUCAUGAGACUGGGACUCAAAGACCUGCUGAAGGAGGUGAGGUCGAUAGAGAACGAGGAGCUCAAGGUUCAGUUGCAGGUGUUUGAAGAACAAGCUGAUGAUGACUCUGAAGAUCUUCGCUCCCGGUUGGACGACGUUCGUCUUGAGAUGGAUGAUGUGACUGAAGUCUUCCAGAUCUUGAUGAACACGGUGAAGGACUCUAAAACUGAACCUCUCUUCCUGUCUCUGAUGCAGCACCUGCUACUGGUGCGAACCGACUACAUGGCCAGGCCUCAGUACUAUAAACUCAUCGAUGAGUGUACGGCUCAGAUCGUUCUGCACAGGAACGGCUGUGAUCCAGACUUCAAAUGCAGGAAGUUUGAUCUGGACGUGGGCCAUCUGAUAGAUAACAUGGUUGAUCAGACCAAAGUGGAAAUGAGUGAAGCUAAGGCCACGGAGCUGGAAAAGAAGCUGGACGCAGAGUUGACGGCCCGUCACGAGCUGCAGGUGGAGCUGAAGAAGAUGGAGUCCGAUUAUGAGCAGAAGGUUCUGGAUCUGAGCACUGAGAAAGAGAAGCUGGGGAAAGAGAAGAAUGACCAGGAGAACGAGAACCAGGGCCUGCAGUCAGAAAUCAGCCAACUCAAAGAGAAGAUUGAGAAGCUCUCAGAAGAUCUCAAAGAAGCCAAAGCGAAGGUCAUCACCGUACAUGUGCCUGUGGCUCCGCCCCCCAGCCAAUCAGCUUCCUCGGUGCCACCUCCACCUCGUCCUGCUGGAGCCUACCUCCCUCCUCCUCCCCCACCACCUCCUCUACCAGGACAGACGGUGCUCCCACUGCCACCUGCUCCACCUCUGCCCGGAGCACCUGGCCUGACUCCGCCCCCUCCACCACCUCCUUUACCUGGAGCACCUGGUCUGCCGCCACCCCCUCCGCCACCCCCUCUUCCUGGAGCACCCGGUAUGCCACCGCCCCCACCUCCUCCGCCUUUACCGGGCGCAUCUGGAAUGCCGCCUCCUCCUCCUCCUUUACCUGGAGCACCUGGUAUGCCACCGCCUCCGCCUCCUCCGCCAGGGAUGCCCGGUAUGCCUCCUCCGCCUCCUCCAAUGGGCGGUCCUGGGAUGCCUCCGCCCCCUCCGGGCGGGUUUGGUGGAUGGGCGCCUCCUGUUCCUCAGCUGCCCUUCGGCCUCCAGCCUAAGAAAGACUACAAACCUGAGGAGCAGCUGAAGAGAGCCAACUGGAGCAAGAUCGCACCGGAGGAGCUGUCUGAAGGCAGUUUCUGGGUGAAGGCGAAAGAGGAGCGCUUUGAGAACAAGGAGCUGUUUGCCAAACUCACUCUGACCUUCUCCUCCCAGACCAAGACCUCUAAAGGUAAGAAGGAUCAAGAGGCAUCUGAGGAUAAGAAAAACGCUCAGAAGAAGAAGGUGAAGGAACUGAAGGUGCUCGACUCCAAAACAUCCCAGAAUCUCUCUAUAUUCUUGGGUUCAAACAGGAUGCCUUAUGAAGAGAUGAAGAAUGUCAUCCUGGAGGUCAACGAGAAAGUUCUCACUGAAAACAUGGUGCAGAGUUUGCUGAAGCUGCUGCCGGAGCAGGAACAACUGAACACAUUAUUAGAGAUGAAAGACGAGUAUGAGAAGCUGGCUGAAUCUGAACAGUUUGGAGUUGUGGUCAGUUCAGUGAAGCGUCUGAAGCCCCGUCUGACCUCCAUCCUCUUCAGACUUCAGUUUGAGGAGCAGGUGAAUAACGUCAAGCCGGACGUGGUGGCGGUGACGGCCGCCUGCGAGGAGCUUCGGAAGAGCGAGAGCUUCGCCAAAGUGCUGGAGAUGACGCUGCUGCUGGGAAACUUCAUGAAUGCAGGAUCACGCAACGCCAAAGCUUUCGGCUUCAGCAUCAGUUACCUGUGCAAGUUGAGAGACACUAAAUCAGCCGAUCAGAAACAGACUCUACUGCACUUCCUGGCGGAAAUAUGUCAGGAGCAGUAUCCUGAGGUCAUGACCUUCUCAGAGGAGCUCAUCCACGUGGAGAAAGCCAGCAGAGUGUCAGCAGAGACGCUUCAGAAGAAUCUAGAUCAGAUGGGAAAGCAGAUUAAAAACCUGGAGAAAGACAUCGAGACGUUCCCUCCUCCGCAGAGCGACAGAGACAAAUUCGUAGAGAAAAUGACCAGUUUUGUAGCGACGGCUGGUGAGCAAUUUGAGAAGCUCAAGCUGAUGCAUGAGAACAUGGAGAAGCAGUAUGAGGAUUUGGGCAAGUACUUUGUCUUCGACCCCAAGAAAAUGAGUCCAGAAGAGUUCUUCGGUGACCUCAACAACUUCAGGAACAUGUUCCAGCAAGCAGUGAAAGAGAACCAGAAACGGAAAGAAGCAGAGGAGAAGAUUCGUCGAGCCAAACUGGCGCGAGAGAAAGCGGAAAAAGAGAAAGAGGAGAAACAGAAGAGAAUGAACGCUGGACAGAUUCCCAACAUCAAUGAUGAUGAUGAGACUGGUAUCAUGGAUGGUUUGUUGGAGGCGCUGCAGUCUGGAGCUGCUUUCAAAAGGAAGAGAGGACCACGACAAGCAGCCAACAAUCGGAGAGGAGCCGGUCAGGCCGUGACAAACAUUCUCGCCAAAGAGCUUCUUCAAGAGGUAGCCCCGCCCAGUGCCACGAAAAAGACCCGAUUGGAAGUGGAGGACAGGAAAGAGUCGUCUCCGGAAGACACGGGCUCGCUGGAGGACCUCUUAGACGACGCUCCAUUACGCUCAAAUUAAGGACUUCCUCUGCUGAUCCUGCCGGUUAAAAGGACCAAGUCUGCGAGGGCGGGGCUCUCGCUAAACCACACCCCUCGAGUAAGCCCACACGUCUUCCUAUUGACCAUCAUACUGAAGGAGUGGCCUCAUCUCAUCACUGUCACAGUCAUUUUGUCAUUGUCUAGCACUCUUUCUCUAAACACAAGAUUUCAUCUGUCCGUUAUCUCUGUUGUCUGCAUUUGCAAAGACUCCAAAGAUUAGUAUAUAGAUUCCAGAACAUUUUUGUUCCAUUCCAAAUUCAUCUGAACAUCCUCUUCUGGUUCCUUUUUAAAACAAACAUCUGUUUUUCUUUAACAAUUAGCUUUUUUGUUUUGCUCUUUGACUUUAAAACACAUCACAUGGCUGAAAGUUUGAAAUAAGUCACAUUAUUGUACUCGAAAAGCAACGUGCCAAUAAUGUCGAUCCCAUAAAUGCAUGUUCAAUUAGAAUGUACUUGAGGUUCUGUAGCCAUCAUAAGGAGGUCUGGUACCUGUUCACAAGAUUAUUUCUCUCUUCCUGUGCUCUUCUGUUUCUGUCAUUUUAAGUGAAUGGUGUUGUUUGAAUCUUAAAAAUACUUGUAUUUUUCACUGGCUACAAUCAAUGAGCCUCAUUCAUUCCAGUCAUUCAUAAAACCAUUCUUGUAUAAAUCAUUGCAUGGAAUUAAAUGUGACAAUUUAUGCAAAAAUGGUUUCAGGUAGAACUGAUAAAACAUUAGUAAAAAAGUGCAUAAAUUGUUGCAUUGAAUUGAAUGCAAUAAUCUACUUCACAGUGGUUUUCAUGAACGGCAUUGGUCAGUUAUGCGUGUUUUCAUAAAUGUCCGUCGUGUUUUUGUGUUUGUGCUAUAGUUAUAUGGAUAUGCUGAUCCAAUCUGCUGAUACAUACAUCACACAAUUUUCAGUGGCAUUUCACCAUCACAAAAUAAAUCAUUUUUCAUUUACUGCCAGACAUUGAGUAAAAAGUCACUGUGAACUGGGCAAAAGUAACAUUGACAGGUCCUUUGGCAUUUAUUUCUCUGAUAAACGGUUUGAUCAAGACAAAUCUGAGGGACUGUGGCAGAGCACUUCUAUCAUUGGUGCUGAAAUAUCUGCACAUAGACUUAUUAAACUUUAGUAUUUUUCAUUGCAGUCUUCAAAAGAUGGUGAGCAAAUGUCCCUGCCUUUAUGUCGACUGAUCACCAGCUGAUACUGUUUAACCUUUAGAGCGUUAAGAUUGCUCUCGAGUCGUAAACUAAGUUUGUGUCAGUGACACGGGGAAAUAUGACCUCGGAGUUUCAGCUUUGCAAUAUGACUUACCUGAAUGUUGAUGUUGGCUGAAAGUUUGAGGGUAGAGAUCACUGUUUAAAGCCAUAGCUCGGACUGCAUUUGUCAAGAAAUCCUGAGAACUUGUCUUCCGGAUUAAACUAUAUUAAAAUAUAUAUGCAUUUAUGUAAUGUGUGUAAAACGACGUCAAUGUUUCGGCAGUGGUCCGUUCUCUAAAUGCUGCCUAGAAACCAUUAAGUCCGAAAGAGCUUGAGAACAUCCUGCUUUUUUGUUUUUCUGGAGUUUUUGAAGCCAAAUUUCCAAUUUUUCCAGUUUUGGAGAACUGGGAGCCAACAGGUUCUGCUUCAAAGCCGAUUGAUCGUAUUGGUGGUUGUGCAAGUCAGUUUCACUUUAUUGAAAAAGCUGGAUAAAGAUCACUGGAAAAACAAAGAGACUGUGUGUUUUCUUUGUUUUGAUGUUUUUUUAAGAACAGUUUUUCUUUGUCUAUUUUUAUUGUUGAUUGUUUUAUUGUACUAAUAUAGAGAUUGUAUUGGUGAGAUCCAUUUGGUCAAAUUGUGUAUAUUGCGUUUUGACUGUAGAGCUGUUUAUUCUGGUUGUCUCUAAACCACACUAUUAAAACAUCAUCUUUAAUACUUA